GCCCGAGGGAGAGUUAACCAGAAUGAAGAAGAUGAGUAAGUGAUGGUGGUGAAGAUACAAUUUAUUUUAAUCAUUUGGAUUACAAAUUGAAUUAAGUUUCCCUUUUGCUCUAUUCAAGUGAACAUCAAUAAAGGAGAACUCAUUGCUCUCUAACUAUGAUUAAUACUAUUAAUUGUCUCCAAUCACCUUUCUAAUUAGUUAAUUUCCAUGGGAAAAGUUAAUCUAAUCAUAUGUUCACUUGUGAUUCAACCCAAUAAGUGAUUAACCUUGGAAAAUGGAUUAACGUGACUUUGAGAUUAAGUCUCUCGACAAAGUGGAUUAUGUCUCGAAUGAGACAAGAUUUCGAGCUGCUCGUAAAUAUAACAUCUUAUAUUCGUUUAUUUUUAAUUACCGGUGUUCUAUUAGUUAAUUUUAUCAGUUUGAUUAAAUUGAUCUUUGGUCAAAGAUCAGAUUGGUUAUCAGAUUUUUGUGUCCAUCGGAUUGUAACUGGAUUAAUACUCAUCUCCAAUUUAACGUAUCUCUCAACUUGGUUACCUUAUCUUAUUUGGUCAACGUUCAACGGGAUUUGGCCUUUCCUCUCGUCUCGUGAACACUGUAUCAUUCAAAAUUCAACAAUUAAUCAUGUAACCACCCUGUUCUUGACUAUAUUAUCAAUCCUUAAACUUUACGACAUUUUCCCAACCCAACGAGCUCGUCUUCUUGGAUUAGCCUUAAUCUUUGGAUGGAUUAUCCCACAAGCACUUUAUUUAACUCUCAUCGAUCUGAUUAGUCCAGAAAAAUCAUCUCACCAAUUUGCUGAUAGAUUAUUGUAUACACCUAAUCACCUAACAAUUAACGGAGCCUCACACUCUAAUCAUAUUGGGUUCAUGGUUUGUAUCACCCGAUUAGAAUCACCAGUAGUGGCUCAAUUAUCUUGGCACUAUUUAGUAAUUGUUAUACCAUUAACAGCGAUAAUCUUUGUAUCAUCAGUUGCUGAAGCAAUUAAGCAAAAAUCAUCUAAAUCUGAAUUGUCAUGUAAUUGUCACCGUGAUUUUCCAGUUCUAUUGAGCUUAUACUUUAAUCUAAUGUGGUUAAUUAUCUUACGACCAUUGAUUAUCUUACAAACUCUUAUAUUGGCCAAAGAAGGAGAAACCCGAUCAUCAGGUUCACCCAAUUACCUUGAUUUCGGUACUCAUUUGGUUCUAAUUUUUUCAUCUCUUCUGGUUCCAUUUUCUGGUUAUGGUGGAUUGAGAUCAUCAACAAUUAAAGAUGAUUUACAAUUUAAUCAUAACGAUAAUCAUUUUAAUGAUGGAUCAUCAUCACCAUCAUUAAGCUGUGAUUACGAUUCAAUUGGAUCUCAAUGUAAUUCAUCAAUUUGUUCACAACAACAACAACACAAUCAUCAGCACGAUAAUCAAUCAAUCAAUUCAAACGAAUCAUAUAUUAAUUAAAUACUCUAAUUGUGUUGUAAAAACAAACAAUUAACUAACUACUGUUCAAUACUCUCAUUAACUCUGUGAUAAUUGUUAACCAUUGAAACUUUAAUUGAUAAAUAAAAGUUAACAAAACUUUUCGUUGCAAGUUUCA